UCCCACUUGAGUUACUCCAGCAUGUUGUGUCUAUUUCCAGUGGAGGAGUUUGUUGAACUAGGGAGCAUGCGUGUGCACACAGGGAGGUGGUCACCUUCCCCAAGUUGCGGCGAGGGAGCUGGGGCUGGGAGGAGAGUUAUGUGGGUUGGGCUGGUUUGUGGCGCCGUCUGCUGCGUACACGGAGGUCAGUCGCGGGAAUGGCGCCGCUGCUGCUCGGCCUUAUCUUCGCUGCUGCCGCUCUGCUCCUGGUCAAGAUGGUGGCUGGAAGGAGGCUCAGACCUGGGGAGCCACCAUUAGAACAAGGCUGGAUUCCAUUUAUUGGAAAAGCAAUCGAGUUUGGUCAGGAUUCUUCAGGAUUUAUUGUUUCUUGCCAGAAGAAAUUGGGAGAUGUCUUCACGGUUUAUGUGGCAGGCAAAUACAUCACAUUUAUUUUAGAUCCAUUCCUUCACCAGUUUGUUCAUCUCAACAAGCAAUUAGAUUUUGAAGAGUUUUCAACAAUGCUGUCAGCAAAGGUUUUUGGUCACCCUCCAUUAAAUGACCCUAAGAUUCCAGUAUCCAAUGAAGAGAUACACAAGUUGUAUUCCUACUUGCAGGGCGAUGCAUUAAAUAUUUUACAUGGAAGCACAACAGAAAAUCUUAAGAACAUUCUGAGACAAGAGCAGAUGAGAUCAGCAGAAUGGAAAAUUGAUUGUAUGUAUGACUUUUGCUGCCGUAUUAUUACUGAAGCAAGCUACGUAUCUCUUUAUGGAAGUGCUCCAACGAAUGAACAAAAACAAAUUACCGAAUUAAAGGAGAAGUUUGUUCAGUUUGACAACUAUUUUCCCUACCUGGUUGCAAGGAUUCCCGUUGAACUUCUAGGCAAUACAAAAAGAAUUCGCAAGGAGAUUGUUAGUUAUUUUACAUCAAAGGAAUUGGAUCAACGACUAAACAUGGCACAAUUAAUACAAGCCAGAAAGGACUUGCUUGACAGUUAUUCGUAUCUUCAGGAUGAUCAAAAAGCAGCACAUCAUUUUGCCUUCCUGUGGGCUGCUCUUGGAAACACGAUUCCAGCUGUAUUCUGGACCCUGUAUUAUCUUGUGAAGAACCCAGAAGCCCUUGCCGCCGUGCGUGCUGAAAUUGACCAUGUGUUACUGGCAGCAAGUCAACGACCAAGCGCUGACUUCAACAUCAACCUCAGCAAAGACGAUUUAGACCACAUGGUGACCCUAGGAAGUGCAGUAGAUGAAGCCUUUCGUUUAAGCAGUUCCUCUAUGAUCAUCCGAUCAGUCAAAGAGGAUACCACUUUAUACUCGAAGGACGAACCAAAAAUCAAACUGAGAAAAGGGGACUGGUUAGCCCUUUAUCCUCAAAUUCUCCACAUGGACCCAGAGGUUUAUGAAGAUCCUGAGGUGUACAAAUAUGACCGUUUUGUAGAGAAUGGAUUGAAGAAGACGGCUUUUUACAAAGGAGGAAAGAAACUUCGAAAUUAUUUGAUUCCUUUUGGUUCGGGAUCCAGUAAGUGUCCUGGACGGCAUUAUGCACUCGCUGAGAUCAAAACUUUCAUUUCACUGUUGCUGACUUAUUUUGACCUUGAAAUACUCGAUGGAGAAAAGCCAGUUGGACAUAGUAAAAACCGUGCAGGUCUUGGGAUCCUUUUGCCAGACUCUGAUGUCCAGUUUCGUUAUAAAUCGCAACAAUGAAGAAGCUUUUUGAAAUUUUAGUUUAUAUAAUUUUAUGCUGGAGAGUCACGCUGGGUUGCUGAUAGAUUCUUAGCUUGACAAAAUAGGCAGCUGCUUUGUGGCUUUAGUAUACAAAAUCUCAGAAAUUCUUUCUAACGUUCUUUCUUCAGGAGCAGUAAAUAUCCUUGCAAAUCCUACCCCACAUCCCAAAUGCCUGAUUUAUGCUCUAAAUGAAGUACUAUGUAGCUUCCUGAAAAAUGACUCAAUUUUAAAUGGGUGAAGGGACAGGGAGACGUAGGUAAUGUACCAUAGAAGGUAGCAAAAUGGUUUGAAGAGAUGCAGGGGAAUGCCUGCUUCACUUGGAAGGACUAGUUAGGUUCCUGUAUGGCGCUGAAGGAUACAUCACUGACAGUCGCAGGGAAACUUUCCAUGGGACCGAGAAGUCAUAAGCGAUAGGAGUAGAAUUAGGCCAUUGGGCGCAUCAAAUCUACUCUGCCAUUCACUCAUGGCUGAUCUUUCUCUCCCUCACAACCCUAUUC